CACUUCCGCUGUUGCGUUUUCUCUCUUCUGGCCUCUGGCCAGGCUACCGGAGCGUACUGGGGCUCCGACAAAUUCUACUCCAGCCCGGGUAGAUCGCCUAACAAGUGUAAUGACUACCAGAACAAGGGUUUCAGCUGGUCUGACCUCGCUCCUGGCUCUUUCUCCGACUAUGGUGGCUUCUCCUUCUCUGGUUUCACUUGCGGCAAUGGCUUCGGUUCCAGCCUUGGCAAGCGUGGUACCCAAAAAUGUAUCUCCGGUACCGUCUCCAAGGGUAGCUCCUCUAGCUCUGGCUCCCAAAGCCCCGGUUCUUCUGCUCCAUCGUUUGCCUGCGGCUCGCAUGAGAGCGGCUUUUCAGUGACCAACUUCCACGUUGCCACUGAGAAGGAUACCGAAUUGCACAUCAUCUACAGCAUGCCCGAUGGAUCGACUUGUAGGAAUACCGCUUCCUGCAACUCGGCUGGUACUGUGGUCAACAACGACCAGUGUGGUGGCGCUAAGUCUGUUCACUUCGAGCUGCCCGACGAUAGUGAACACGAGAGCUGCGGUUUCGGCAUCUACAGCGUUGGCUUUGACUGCACUCCUGGUUCAACCACCACUGCGCCUGUCCUUACCGCCACUCCUGUUACCAGAGUUCCAUAUGAGCAGAUAUCUGUGUCUGCUGCCUCCAGCCCUGUCGUUGUGCCUUCGGUCUCUGUCCCAGGCUCUACUGUGGCUCCAGGUACCACCACGGCGACGAGCACACCUCUUCGGAUGACUACAUCGACCGUGUUUACCACCAGUUUGUUUACCAUCACAAGCUGUGCCCCCACUGUCACCGAUUGCCCUGCUGGAUCAGGCUCAACCACUGUGGUGACUUCAACAAUCGCUCUUUCCACCACGGUCUGCCCCGUCACUGAGACUACUGCUGAGACUACUGCUGCCGCUACAACCUCGCUGCCUGUGCCUGAUGUACCUAGCCCGAGCAGUGUUCUACCUGUCAGCUCAUCUGCUGGUGUCCCUCCCAGUGGCACAUCCGUUUCCACAUCUUCGAUCUCGGCUUCAUCAUCCGUUCCCUUCACUACGAGCCAGACCCCUGCUGGAACUUCUGCCGCUUCGACCCCGCUGAUCACCACUCCAGUCCAGAUGACUACCUCAACCGUGUACACUACCAGCGAGGUCACUAUCACCAGCUGUGCCCCCGAAGUUGUGAGCUGUCCAGCAGAUUCGACCACAGUGGUGACUUCGACUAUUGCUAUCUCGACCACUGUCUGUCCCGUCACUGAGACUACUGCUGAGACCACCGCUGAGACUACUGCUGCCGUUACAGGCUCAGUAUCUAUUCCCGUCGUACCCAGCCCGAGCAGUGUUCUCCCUAUUAGUUCAUCUGCUGGUGUUCCUCCUCCUAGUGGCACAUCUGUUCCCACAUCUUCCGUUUCGGCUUCAUCAUCUGUUCCCUUCACUACAAGCAACCCCGCGGGAACUUCCGCCGCUUCUACCCCGCUGAUCACCACUCCAGUCCAGAUGACUACCUCAACCGUGUACACUACCAGCGAGGUCACUAUCACCAGCUGUGCCCCCGAAGUUGUGAGCUGUCCAGCAGAUUCUACCACUGUAGUGACUUCGACUAUCGCUAUCUCGACCACUGUGUGCCCCGUCACUGAGACUACGGCAGCAACUGUCAGCUCCACAGUACCUGCAGGCCCAAGCUCAACCGGCGUCUUGCCCGUUAGCUCCUCGGCUGUAUCAACGCCUCCCAGUGGCACAUGCCUCGUCCCUGCAACCUCGUCUCCUGUUGGCACCACCCCCGCCCCUGGUGAGGCCACCACCACUGUCGUUACUUAUGAGACUGUGACCACUUGCCCGGUGACUAGCACUGUUACCACCGGUAGCUCUACUUUUGUGACUACCUCAAGCACCAUUUCAACUAUUACUAUGACUACUGUCUCUACUAUCUGCACUGAGUGCUCCACUACCGCCACCUCCGUUGCUGGUCAGAGCACUCCUGCCCCGCCUGAUACCCCGGAGGCUUCGACCACCGUCGUUUCCAGCACUGGACCGUCUGGUAUCCCCGGGGCUUCGAGCACGGCCCCAUCUGGGACUUCCGAGGGAGUAAGCCCCGUCUCUUCUUCAUCUGCGGAGGCCUCCAGUCCACUCCCCAGCGGCCCCGAUGUUACUACCUCGGUCCCCUCCAGCGUGGGUGUUGAUACCACACCUGCAGUUCCCCAAGGGUCGACUGCCACGGUUAUAACUUAUGUAACUGAGACCACCUGUCCUGUGACUGCCACCGUCACUGAAGGAUCGUCAACUUUCGUCACGACAUCCAGCACGGUAUCAACUGUUACCUUGACCUCCACUUCCAACCUUCCCAGCUCUGUCGCUGCCGGAAGCACUCCCGCUCCCUCUGAAACGGGCGUCGCCUCCACCACUGCUCCUACGGGCCCCGCUGUCACCAGUGUCGUCUCUUCAAGUGUUGGCGCCAGCUCUACACCCACUAUCCCCGAGGGUGCCACUACCACUGUUGUGACUUACGUGACGGAGACCACCUGUCCAGUGACCAACACCGUCACUUCGGAUUCUUCCACCUUCGUGACCACAUCCAACACAGUUUCCACAGUGACCCUCACCUCCGUCUCCACUAUCUGUACCCAGUGUGCCACUACCGCGACUGCCACCGAGACUCCUUCUCAGUCUACAGCUAGCAACACUGCGACAGUUCCUAGCGGGGUUUCCCCGGUGACGAGCCCAGCUCCCUCAGCUCCUUGCCCCAACACCGUGCCCCAGUGCAUCAACACUUGGCUCACCCUCGCCCCUAAGUGCAAAUCCAACAGCGACGCCUCAUGCUUCUGCCCCAACAGCGACUUCACUAGCAAGGUCAUCUCCUGCAUCCAAGCAUGGGGCGCCUCCAAGGAAGAGAUACAAUCCGCCCUCUCCUACUUCACCGGCAUCUGCGCCACCUGGGUCCCCGAGAACCCAGGCAUCGUAACCGCCAUCCCUUCAACAAUCACCCUGAUCCCGACAGUCGCUCCUUCCGCACCCCCAUCCAGCAUCGCCGGCGCCAGCGUCACCCCCAGCGCCGUCGUCCCCAUCACCUCCGCCCCCUCCCUUCCCUGCACAACAAUCACCUACUCGACCUACACCGUCACCGUCCCGCAAGUCAGCUUUGUCACAAACACCGCCUCUAGCCCCGGCGCCGUCCCGACAGUCGGUCUAGUCCCGGCCGGUCCCAGCGGCGCUUCCCCAUCAAAGACCGGCGUGGUUCCCGCGCGCGCAUCGGCAACAUGGGUGACUUCGAGCGGAUACCCGUACGCCAGUCGGAGCGCCAGUCGAAGUUACUCGCCCAGCGCAUCCCCGAUCUUCAACUCCGCCUCGACUGUGACCAUCGCUUCCAGUCUGGUGCUGGCUUCUCUCGCUGCUUUCCUUAGCUUGGUGAUGUAG